GCUCGCGCCCGCGGAACUGCGGCUGCGGUUCGGAGCGGGUUCGGGGGCUGCUUGGCUUGAGUGAGCUGGAAGGAUUUCCAGGCCGGCUGAUUUGGAGACAUGUCAGCGUCGAUAAAAGAAAGCCUUCAGCUUCAGCUGCUGGAGAUGGAAAUGCUGUUUUCUAUGUUUCCUAACCAAGGGGAAGUAAAACUUGAAGAUGUAAACGCCCUAACAAACAUAAAGAGGUAUCUGGAAGGCACUAGGGAGGCGCUCCCACCCAACAUCGAAUUUGUGAUCACCCUCCAAAUUGAGGAGCCCAAGGUGACAAUUGAUUUGCAAGUAACCAUGCCUCACAGCUACCCAUACGUGGCUCUGCAGCUGUUUGGACGGUCACCUGAGCUUGACAGACAACAGCAGCUUCUUCUCAACCAAGGUCUCAGUGCUUAUCUCGGGACUUUGGAUCCAGGCGAGCUGUGUGUCUGUGCAGCCAUCCAGUGGCUGCAGGACAACAGUUCAUCCUUCUUCCUCAACAGAAAGCUGCCGGAUGAGCCAUCCGUACAAGCAAAGCCAGUGAAGAACACAUUUCUCCGGAUGUGGAUCUACAGCCACCACAUCUAUCAGCAGGACCUGAGGAAAAAGAUUCUGGAAGUGGGGAAAAGGUUAGAUGUGACUGGCUUUUGCAUGACAGGGAAGCCCGGGAUAAUCUGUGUGGAGGGCUUCAAGAAUCACUGUGAGGAGUUCUGGCACACAAUCAGAUACCCCAACUGGAAACACAUUUCCUGCAAGCAUGCGGAAAGUGUGGAGACAGAGGGGGACGGCGAAGACCUGCGCCUCUUCCAUUCUUUUGAAGAAUUACUCCUUGAGGCCCAUGGGGACUAUGGGUUGCGGAAUGAUUAUCACAUGAACCUGGGCCAAUUCCUAGAGUUUCUCAGAAAACACAAAAGUGAGCAUGUUUUUCAGAUAUUAUUUGGUAUUGAAAGCAAAAGUCCAGAGUCCUAAAACCCUAUUAAGAUGUCUAUGCUUAUAACUGCAUUAAGUAUUUAUGUUAAAAUAAAAUAAAAAGGCUAGUGACUAUAUAGAAUUCUGGGUAAAAAACCUAACUCUAGAAUUUUCUCACUGCUAAUGCUAACAGGCCUUUUAACUUUGUACCAGUGUAACUGUGAUGUCUCCAGGCGGCUGUGUAAAGUCACACUUGAAUACCAUUUCAUUAUAAAUCAAUAAAAUGAUAUAUUUAACCACA